AUGCCUGUGAAAUAUUUUGGUUUUAAUGUAUCGUUAUUUUUGAUGACUAUUCGUGCAUCGUCUUAUUUUAUCACUACUCCAAUCUACUAUGUGAAUUCCAAGCCACAUAUUGGUCAUUUAUAUUCAACUUUAUUAGCCGAUACCAUAGCUAGAUGGAAAACGAUCAGGGGUGUAUCAAAAGUGAUAUUUUCAACCGGUACAGAUGAGCAUGGUUUAAAAAUUGAACGCGCCGCCGCUCAAGCAAAUGUGUCGCCAUUAGAUUUAUGUAACAAUGUUUCAGCUACAUUUCGUUCAAUGUUUGAUAAUUUUGCAAUAUCUUAUACGGACUAUAUUCGCACAACAGAAAGUCGACAUCGUAAAACAGUUGAACACGUUUGGAAUCAAUUAGAGAAGAAGAAUUAUAUUUACAAAGGAUUAUACGAAGGAUGGUAUUCUGUACAAGAUGAAUGUUAUCUGGGAGAAGACGAAAUAAUGGUCAAUGAAUCAGGUCAAACAGUAUCAAAAGAAAGUGGUCGUUUAGUUGAAAAGACGAUGGAAUCGAAUUAUAUGUUUAAAUUAAGUGAAUUAAUUGACUCAAUUAAAGAUUGGUUAGAACAUAAGCAGCCUCUUUAUCCUCUUAAAUAUAAUAAAAUGACAUUAGAUCUUAUUAAUCAAAAUAAAACAUCACACGAUAUAUCGAUAUCAAGAGACAGUAAACGUUUGUCAUGGGGAAUUCCAGUACCAAAUGAUUCCUCACAAGUUAUUUAUAUAUGGAUUGAUGCUCUAAUCAAUUAUUUAACCGUUACUGGUUAUCCGGAUCAUGUUGUACGUUGGCCUCCUGAUUGUCAAAUAAUUGGAAAAGAAAUUCUGAGAUUUCAUGCCAUUUAUUGGCCGGGACUUUUAUUAGUGUUAAACAUGGAUUUACCGAAGAAACUAAUUGUGCAUGGACAUUGGCUCAAAGACGAUACGAAAAUGUCAAAAAGUCUAGGAAAUGUUGUUGAUCCGUUAGAUUUAUUAUUAUUAUUUCAAUGUGAUGGCGUUCGAUAUUGUUUGCUACGUGAAGAUAUUUUAACACAAGAUGCGAAUUUCAAUCAGUUAAAAAUGACCAAAUAUCUGAAUGCUGAAUUAGCAAAUACAUUUGGUAAUUUACUCAAUCGUGUUACAUCAAAAUCGAUCAAUGUUAAACAAAUCUAUCCAGAUGUACCUCAGUCUUAUAUCGAUUAUGCGACUAAAGAAAAUUCAACAAUUCAACAAAUAUUAGAAGAAUCUCAUAAAUUACCACACAUGGUGAAUGAUUAUUAUGAAAAAGCUCAAUUUUAUUUAGGUAUAAUCAAAAUAAUGGAUUUAUUACGUUUGUGUAAUGCGUACGUUCAAGAUGAACAACCAUGGGCUUUAGCGAAACAACCGGAUCAACUCCGACGUUUAGAAUGUAUGAUUUAUGUUACACUCGAAUGUUUAAGAAUAUCGGGAAUUCUUCUACAACCUAUCAUACCAUCAAUAGCUGAAAAUUUACUAACAGUUUUAAACAUCAGCAAAAAUGAGCGAACGUUUGAACAUGCAAAGAGUGUAUUUCAAGACUAUGGAAAUAGACCAUUAAAUAUCAAACAACAAAUACAAUUGUAUAAAAGAAUACGCAUUGAUGACUGA